AUGACUUGUGACAACGGUGGUGGUGGUUCGGGACCUUGGUCAGAUCUUACGCAUCAUGUGUUGUUUUUAGUGAUGACACAACAGGGAGUUAUUGAUUUUGUUGCAUUUAGUGGGGUUUGCAAGUCAUGGAGGUCAUUCGCAUUAUCUUAUAUGAGCACAUUUAUGACAUCUAGACCACCCAUGUUUAUGUCUCCUGAUGAUGAUUACGAUGUUGAGUGGUGGUGCCACCUAAAGGACGUUGAAGGAAGAAGGUUUAAAACCAUUGUUCCCCACCCUGCUAGUGCGGUCUGUGUUGAAAUAACUUGUGGGUAUGUGAUCUUGUUCGUGACCAAAACCCGUGACUUUGGGCUUAUCAACCUUAUCACAUGGCAUGAACUUCAUUUCCCUAAUGCCCCCAUAAAUUUCAUUCUUCAUGCUGUUAAACGAAAAGUCAGAGCUAUACUUGUAUUUUCACCUUCAAUAUCUGGUUGUUGGGUGUUUCUCGAUUUAUAUGUAUUCACCCAUGAAAUUGUUUUUCUAGAGUAA